CCUGUGCGAUAAGGGCAGCGACAAACGUGGUAAGAGGACGGUCGUGGGCGCUACCAGAGUUCUCGUGCAGAAGCUGUUUGUUUCUUUCGGACUUCGGGGAGGUGUACUUUGCUGCUGUUUGCGACAUGAAGAUAAACGACUUUGACGUCGGUGCCGACUUGGAUGGCGAUUCUGGACACUUUUCGCUGAGUCCAAAAAGUGUCACUCAGUGCGACGAAGGCAUGGAGGACAUCCAACUUGAAGAGACCUUCCUGCACAUCAACGUUCGAAACCCAAUCACCCACAAUGUAAAGGGCGAAUACUACACAACCUACGACAUAGCCAUAGAGACGAACAACGCAAGCUUCACAAUGAGCAGCUCCCAAGUUCGUCGUAGGUUUUCGGAGUUCUACCAGCUGAGGCACCUUCUCUCGGAACAGCUACCCAGUCUAACCCCUCCGACCCUUCCAUUUCGGACGUUCUUAGUAAAGCGCUUCGACUCCUCUUUCAUCGAAGCUCGACGGAAAGGUCUCGAAGAAUUCCUCAAAGAAGUACUAUUGGAGGAUCUGUAUCUAUCAAACAAGAGCCUGCAUCUGUUCAUUCAAUCCAAUCUCCGCAUGGACGAGAUUCGAGAUGUUGUCAUGGAAUCUCCCGUCUCUUACCUGGCAGAAAGCAAGCCCCAAAUCGUCCUUGCUUUGCACGAUGAAGCUUUGGAGCAGCAAAACUCUGCUCCGAGCGACUCGGAUGACUCCACAGACGGCAGUCUCAAGCCUCCCAAAGGAAUCCUGCGCAAGUCCAUGAGCGCGACAAACUUGCACUCGUUCAAGUGCCCCAUGACCCGCGACCACUGCCACCUCCGCAUUGGUUCGCGCAUCAGCAUCUGCCAGCCCACGCUUCAUGUGCCUAUACCAGAAGACCAAGGUACCGUGGCUUCCUGCGCGUCGCCCAGUCCAGGCCAGUGUCCAGUCGUCAGGAGACUUGGUAUCAAGGCCAGUACCAGUGCUCCCUGCCUUCAAAGCAUUGUAGAUAGGAGGAAAAAGGUCUCAUUCAGCAGUUGCGUGAGCGUCUCAUAGCGACCGCUUGACACUUUUUAACUGUUUUGUACAAAGUGUUGUGUGGCAACAGCUGAACAUAUCCGCAGUUUGAGGCGUGAAUUAUUAACCGUUGAUGGGAGACUCGAACUGCAUGAGUAACAGGCCCUAAACAUGCUUUUAAGACUAUCCCAAAAUGACAAUGCCACCGUGCACUGGGAGGUGGACCUUAAACGUGACACGCAUGGCUAGCAUUUCAUUAAUCAUUGACUUAAAGUAAGGAAUUUGAGAAUUUAGUAGUUGAGCACCAGUAAUCUUAAGGUAUCUGGAUUAUCUUCCUUGUGUUGUGAAAACGUUUCUGAAUAGUCGUCGAAUUUGUUAGCAGCUUAAAGUAAUUUGCCAUACCUGGUUUCCUGGAAUAGUGUUGCGUUCUUCUAUAAUAUAUAGUGUGUUAUAGUUAUAAUGGCUUUAUAACGGCUCGCCUUUGCUGUGCUUGAAAAUCCCAUCUCAGCACAAAAUGGCAUGACAUGAUAUUGUCUGGAAAUGAAAGGUAAUUUAAGGAAUGUAGGAAAAACGGUCAGUGGUCCUGCAUUUUUACAUGUUAUAACAUACGUAUAUAUAGAGCACAUUUUUGGGUUGCAGUUACUAUAAAUACGGCUUUAGGCUGUUUUUACCUACCUAAUUUCAGCAUUGUCUAUAAAUAUAUAUAUAUAGUAGCUCUGGACUGUGGGCUACCUAGGUUUUAAUGUACCUUAAGGUUUUUACAGACUGUAUGUUGUGUGUUGUAAAUUUGAACUCCGUAGACGUAGCGGAUGCGUCUGUGUCUGAGCGAUUUUGUUCACUUCUGACAUUUUUGUGUGACGUAAUAUUUAUGGAAAUUGUAUUCAACAGUGUACGCGAAGCAAGUGGAAAUAUUGCAAAGCUUAUAUGGGAGAGUAAUGCAUUCUUCCCAUGGGUGAAAUCAGAGAGCUCCUAGCAUGUUUAUAACAAUACCUCUUACAAUACAAAGUGCAACUAACACCGUAAGUUAAUCUGACAUAGCUAUGCUAUAUUUUAUGAACACACUUUUGUAAGCAUUUGAACAUUUUAACGUUAUUUCAAGUACAUUGCUGGGUGCGUGUCUAAAGUGCGUAUGUAGUUGACGUCUGUGGCUAGUUUGAGACACUGGACAGAGUUCGUGGUAUUGUUGAUACCUUUUAUCGAGAUGUGUCCUCAGUUUACAUAUUAAAUUAUGACAUUUCAUCCUCUGAAUAAACUUGGAGUUUCUAUCA